CUCCAGCUCUGGCCUCCAGGGCUUCUCGCGCGGGGCUGCUCCGUUGUGCGCCCGACCCACCAGCAGGUUCUGGGCGCCCGACAGUCGCGAUCCGCGGCCGCAGGAUGACGCGGGCGGCACUGCGGCUCCUGCGGUGGCUUUUCCUCCCCGCGAUUUGGAGAGGAGCAAUUGCUGAGGUGAGGAAAGACAGUAAGACCAGUCUGCCAUUCCCAGGAGGCCCAAAAGCUGACGGAGCACCAUUUUCACCUUCCGAGCCCAGAGGGGACCAGCCUGACUUGUUCUCACCUACCGAGCCUGGAAGACUACAUACAGGAAACAGAGCCUUUCCUGGGACGACUUCUUCCUGGCCAAACUUCCUACCAUCUGUUGCAUUUAACCCCACAGUUGGCCAUAUUGUACUUUCUGAACAUAAAGAUGUCAAGUUCAAUUGCUCUAUCAAUAUACCUAGUCUAUUCCAGGACACUGCAGUUCUCUCUUGGUGGAAAGAUGGAAAGGAAUUGCUUGAGGCACACCAUACAAUCACUCAGUUUUAUUCAGAUGAUGAAGUUACCACUGUUAUCUCUUCCUUCAGCAUAACCAGUGUGCAGCGCUCAGACAAUGGCUCAUAUGCAUGUAAGAUGAUAAUAAACAAUGACGAAAUUGUGUCUGAUCCCAUCUUCAUUGAGGUGCAAGGACUUCCUCACUUUAUUAGGCAGCCUGAGAGUAUGAAUGUCACCAGAAACACAGCCUUCAACCUUACCUGUCACGCAGUGGGCCCGCCAGAGCCAGUCAACAUAGUCUGGGUUCAAAAUAGCAGCUUUGUUAAUAAUGAGCACCCUGAAAAAUCUCCCUCCACCCUCACGGUUCCUGGUUUGACAGAGAUGGCCAUCUUCAGUUGUGAGGCCCACAACAAGAAAGGACUGACUGUAUCCAAGGGUGUGCAGAUCAACAUUAAAGUGAUUCCUUCCCCACCAACUGAAGUCCAAGUCCGCAACAGCACUGCACACAGCGUCCUGAUCUCCUGGGUCCCAGGUUUUGAUGGAUACUCCCCAUUCAGGAAUUGCAGUGUUCAGGUCAAGGAAGUCGAUUCGCUGAGUAAUGGUUCAGUCACGAUUUUUAACACCUCUGCUUCACCACAUCUGUAUCAAAUUGAGCAGCUGCAGGCUCUGGCUAAUUACAGUAUUGGUGUGUCCUGCAUGAAUGAAGUUGGCUGGUCCCCACUGAGCCCUUGGAUUCUGGUCAGCACAACAGAAGGAGCUCCAUCAACAGCACCUUUAAACAUCACUAUGUCUCUCAAUGUAUCUACUAAUAUGGUGGACAUCCGAUGGAUCAAACCUCCAAUUAAGCGGCAAGAUGGGCCACUGGUGGGCUAUCGGAUAUCACACAUGUGGCAGAAUGCAGAGACCUCUAAAGAGCUCUCUGAAGAAGUUGACCAGAAUGCCAGCGGAGCUCAGAUUUCUAUCCAAGUGCACAAUGCCACGUGCACUGUGAGGAUCGCAGCCGUCACAAAAGGUGGAGUUGGGCCUUUUAGUGACCCCGUGAACAUAUUCAUCCCUGCAAAUGGUGGGGUGGAUUUUGCCCCUUCGUCAACCCCGGCACCUGGUAGCACAGACCCUGUGCUCAUCCUCCUUGGUGGCUUCUGUGGACUAAUCCUUUUGGGAUCGGUUUUAUAUGUUUCUCUGGCCAUCAAAAAAAGGUUGCAGGAGACAAGAUUUGGAAGUGCUUUUGCAGAAGAGAAUUCAGAAUUAGUCGUUAACUACAAAGCAAAGAAAUCCUUCUGUCGCCGAGCUAUUGAACUCACCUUACACAGCUUGGGAGUCAGUGAAGAACUACAAAAUAAACUAGAAGAUGUUGUGAUUGACAGGAACCGUCUAGCUCUUGGGAAAAUUCUUGGUGAAGGAGAAUUUGGGUCUGUAAUGGAAGGAAACCUUAAUCAGGAAGAUGAUACUUCUCAGAAGGUGGCAGUGAAGACCAUGAAGUUGGACAACUUUUCACUGCGAGAGAUUGAGGAGUUUCUCAGUGAGGCCGCAUGUAUGAAAGACUUCAACCACCCCAACGUCAUCCGACUCCUAGGUGUUUGUAUAGAAAUGAGCUCUCAAGGCAUCCCAAAGCCCAUGGUAAUUCUACCAUUCAUGAAAUAUGGGGAUCUGCAUACCUACUUACUCUACUCUCGGCUGGACACAGGACCAAAGCAUAUUCCUGUUCAGAUACUAUUGAAGUUCAUGGUGGAUAUUUCUCAGGGAAUGGAGUACCUCAGCAAUAGGAAUUUUCUUCAUCGAGAUUUAGCUGCUCGAAACUGCAUGUUAAGAGAUGACAUGACUGUCUGUGUUGCGGACUUUGGCCUCUCCAAGAAGAUUUACAGUGGUGACUACUACCGACAAGGCCGCAUCGCCAAGAUGCCAGUGAAAUGGAUUGCCAUCGAGAGUCUCGCAGACCGAGUCUACACCAGUAAAAGUGAUGUGUGGGCAUUUGGCGUGACCAUGUGGGAAAUAGCAACACGGGGAAUGACACCCUACCCUGGUGUCCAGAACCAUGAGAUGUAUGACUACCUUCUCCAUGGCCACAGGCUGAAGCAGCCCGACGACUGCCUGGACGAACUGUAUGAAAUAAUGCACUCUUGCUGGAGAACUGAGCCCUUGGACCGACCCACAUUUUCCGUGCUGAGGCUGCAGCUAGAGAAGCUCUUAGAAAGUUUGCCUGAAGUUCAAGAUAAAGCCGAAAUUCUUUACAUUAACACUCAGUUUCCAGAGAGUGUCGAGGACCCUACUGAGGGCUCUGCCCUUGCCCAGUUGGACAUGAACAUUGAUCCUGACUCUAUCAUUGCCUCCUGUGCUCCCAGCAGCACCAUCAGCGUGGUCACAGCAGAAGUGCAUGAGAACAGGCCUCACGAAGGAAGGUACAUCCUGAAUGGGGGCAGUGAGGAGUGGGAAGAUCUGGCUCCCGCAGCCACACUCGUAGGGACAGCAGGGAAGAACGGUGUUUCACUGGAGGCCAGACCUGUAAGGAAUGGGGUGUCCUGGUCCCAGGCUAGCACGCUGCCAUUGGGGAGCACCUUACCGGAUGAACUCUUGUUUGCCGAUGACACCUCAGAAGACUCCGAAGUCCUCGUGGACUAAGGAGGAGAGCUAAGAGACAGUCCCAAGCCAAGGUCAUUCUCCUGCUUUAGGAGAACAACAUAUGCUUGAUGUUUUCAUUAUUUGUCUUCCUUACCAAGUAAGUGCCCCUAAGUGCCUAUGAAUGUUGGUCAGUCAUCAUUAGAAAUAACAUAAUAUAUCUUUAUUUAAAGAGAAUAUAUGUAUAUGGUGGAAAAAAGACAGAUUUUAUAUUUUAAUAAAAAAAUCAUAUCUUGCAGAUCUUAAAAUUUAAGCUUGAGGCUCUUUUUAACUGUUUCUUGAUGUUAACAUGGCAGAGUAAAUGUUUUUUAAAGUCCUUUCCUUUUCCAUAACUAUUAUAUAUUAAAAUAUUUGUAAAAUAGCUUCCUGACUCCCUUCCUCCCCUCCCCAAACUCUUCCCCAUGCCACUCCUUUACCGCCACCCCCCAAAUAAAAAAUAAAAUGUUUGUAAAAUAAAUGCCAUAUUUGACUUUA